CUUCGCAUGCGAAGUCAUCAGUUGUCAGUUGCAGAUGAGCGCUCGUUAGAUGCUGUUCUCUAGGCGUUCUGAAGUUCAGAAACUACUGUACUGUGCAAGUUAAAAAUUUUAAACAGAUAUGAAUAUGAUGGAAAGCCUCGCACCAAUGCUUCAUACGAAGCUCUUCUGGCUGGCUGCUGUCGUCACGCUGAUUUGGGUGCAUUUUAAAUUCGUGAUUUAUACUUAUUGGAAGAGAAAGGGAAUACCUCACGACGAACCAGUUGUACCAUUCGGGUCGACGCUUCCAAUAUUCUUAGGAAAAUCGUCGAUGGGAAACCUCGUGAAACAGAAGUACCAGAAGAGUAAAAAAUAUCCGCUGUACGGGAUCUACAUGUUCCAUCAGCCAAUGCUUUUGAUCAACGAUCCUGACUUAGUGCGAAUAAUAUUGAUCAAGGAAUUCAACAAAUUCCGCGAUCGGGGCUUGUACUUGAACGAGAAAGUGGACCCUCUGUCGGGUCACUUGUUCCUCUUGCCAGGAGAGAGAUGGAGAAAAUUAAGGGCAAAAUUGACACCAACCUUCACGUCUGGUAAAUUAAAGCAGAUGUUUCCGUUGCUGGUGGAAAUCGGCGACGAGCUGAUAAAAGUCUGCGAGAAAAUCAUUCAAACCGAUUCCGUCAUCGAAUUUAAGGAUCUCAACGCAAGAUACACAGUGGAUAGCAUUUCGUCGAUUGCCUUCGGAUUUAAUUGCAAAAGUUUGGACAAUCCGAAUAACGAGUUCAAACGUUACGGAUCCAUGGUUUUUGACCAAAGUCCAAUCAGAAAUGCCUUAGGAGUAUUCGCUCCCGUAGUUUUGGACACCUUACGGAUUCCUCUGAUACGUAGGGUGAUAAUCGACUUUUUUUCGCAAACCUUCAAAGAUAUGGUGGAUCACAGACACAGCAAUAAAAUAGUAAGGAAGGAUUUUAUAAACUUGCUUAUGCAAUUGAUGGAUAAAGGUGUACUAGAGGAAGACGAAAAGUCGCAGAAGAGCAAUGAUCACACAAAAGCAGGUUUAAUUGACAACGAAAAAAUUAGCAUGGUAGAGGCGCAAGCCCAGGCGUUCGUUUUUUUCCUGGGUGGUUUUGAGACGACUUCGUCAACGAUAACUUAUUGCUUGUACGAAUUGGCACUGAAUCCUCAUAUCCAAGAAAAACUACAGGCGGAAAUCGACGAGCAUUUGGCGAAACCGGGUGGAAUGACCUACGAUCGUAUCGUGAACGAGCUUGAAUAUCUUCACAUGGUCUUCUCUGAAACUCUGAGGAAACAUCCUUCGGUACCAAUUUUGAACCGGCUAUGCAUCGAAGAUUGCGACCUUCCGAAUACUAACUUCCGCAUAAAAAAAGGCACUGGAGUCAUGAUUUCCGUGAGUGGAAUGCAGCGUGAUCCAAACAUAUAUCCGGAUCCGGAUAAAUUCGAUCCACUACGAUUUACCAAAGAAAACAUUGCGUCGAGGAGUCCUUACGUAUACUUACCGUUUGGCGAUGGGCCUAGAGUUUGUAUUGGAACCCGCUUCGGCAUUCUUCAAUCCAAGAUAGCGCUGAUAGCGUUACUGGCCAAGUAUAAAUUUUCCGUUUGCGACAAAACUUCGAUUCCCAUUAAUUAUUCGAAGAGAUCAUUCACCCAAUCUCCGGAAGGAGGUGUCUACUUGAGGAUGGAAAAAAGGAUCAAAUAGUAUAUGAUGAUUAAGUUUAUUGUUUAUUUAGGUACCCGUAAAGUUAUUUUAUUUGAAUUUAGAUAAGUAUAAGCAAGUUGAAAAAUUACUGUAAAAAGUAGACACACACACACACACACACACACAGAGAUACUCACGCGCGCGUGUACAGUAUGAGUGAGAGGCCAAUAACACCGAUUAUAUAGCUGAUGCCCGACCGUCAAUGCUUUUAUACGUUGUGGAGGUCUUAUCUUAUCCUUUAUCUCAAUCGAUACAGCUACUGUAAGCUAUACGCCUAAUAAUGAUGAAAAUUUUUCGAUGAAUUUGAAAACAGAUUUCUUUAAUUAAAGUUUUGCGUAACUAAAUUUGUCUCUCUGUUAUACACAAACAAAAUGAAAGUAGCAACGUCUACCCGUGCUGAUGAUGAUUGAUUGGCGUUAGAUUUCGAAUUGUUUUAUUAUAAGUUUAGAUUGUUACUCUAAUCAAUAAAUUGCUUGUUUUCAAUGUAA